CGCUCAGUACACUCGCAACCGGGGUCGCACGCACGCGUCGCCACACCUAACAAAUAACCCGAUAAAAUAUUAAUUUAUCAUCAAAACUGUGAAUAAGUGUCCAACGGAUUUUUAACCCGGAGUCGAUAGAACGUGACUUUUUAAAAAAGUUCGUUUUCGCGGGAGUGAAUUUUGGACGCGUUCACGUGGAUGCCGGCAACGCGGAUUCGAAAUUUGAAUUCGUCAAGGUCCUUUCAAGUUAUUGGCGCGUUUUGUGCCUCCGCACUUUCGUUCAGUUAGUGCAUUACAGAUCCAAGAUGGUGGUGCGAGUAGCAACGGACGAGCGUCCGUUCGAGACGCCCUCGUCGGACGAGAGCGGCCUGGGCCGCGACUCGCCCAGCGAGGAGUCCGAGCCAGAGGCAGCACUGGUGGUCCCACCCGAUGGUGGCUGGGGCUGGGUCAUCGUGUUCGCUUCCUUCAUGUGCAACGUCGUCGUGGACGGCAUCAUAUUCUGCGGAGGCAUGCUCAACGAUCCCAUCAAGAAAGAAUUUAACGCUAGCGAUGGUCAAGUCGCGCCUGUGCAGUCUCUGUUGGCCGGCUUCUAUCUUCUAGCGGGGCCUUUCGUUUCGGCCUUAGCAAACAAGUACGGCUUCCGAGUGGUGACCAUCGUUGGCAGCAUGAUUAGUACCGUUGCCUUCGGACUCUCCUACUUCGCGACCAGCGUAGAGUACCUCUACCUAGUUUACGGCAUCAUUGGAGGUAUCGGUUUCUGCAUGAUUUACAUGCCAGCAGUGUUAACAGUCGGGUUCUACUUCGAGCGCUGGCGCGCCCUCGCCACAGGCAUCGCGCUCUGCGGAUCUGGCGUCGGCACUUUUGCGUUUGCGCCGCUUGGUGAAUACCUUCUCAAGUCCUAUGGAUGGAGGGUCACUGUUGUUAUGUAUGGAGGAUUCAUUCUCCUGUGCAUCAUCUUUGGUGCACUGUUCAGACCCAUAAAACCGGUACGAGUGGCGCUGGCUGAUCAAUCCGGCGAUGAUGACGUCGCUCGUCGGCACGAGGAAGCCGUUGAAAAGCUCAACUCCAUGCUCAAAUUGCAUAGCAAGCUGGACUCCGGGAUUUCAAUGCCAGCCGAGAUGAGAUUCAGUAACAAAGUUAGUCCACACACGUGGGUCGGAGUCGCGAAUAAUACACGAUACCCGACCGCCGAGGAAGUCUUCCGGGGCAGCAAUUCUCAUCUAAGCCGACGGUCAUCAGCAACUGCAGGAACGAUUAAGAAUAAUCUUGGAAAUAGACCGAUGUUCAUCACAGGCCCGGUCGCCGAGAAGGAUGAAGACGAUUCCAACAGCAAUAUUGACAACACUGAGCCACUCAUCAGCGCCCCUAUCAAAGUCAUACAAAGAGAGGUUAGGCCUCGCCAUUCACACGCCGAUCUAGUUGCUAGGCCACUGUACAGAGACGACAUUUUCUUUAGCGGCAGUUUGGUCAGACUACCCCAAUAUACGUCUCGGAAUUCUCUGGGUUACCACAUGGCAGUUACACACGUGCCAACCAAGGAAGAUGCUCAAGAAGAAGAGUCGGGCAAAUGCCGUCUCUGCCCAGAAGCAGUGAAGCGGACCCUCGCUACCAUGUUGGACGUAAGCUUAUUCCGAUCACCGACGUUCGUGAUUCUCGCCGUGUCAGGUUUCUUCACGAUGCUGGGAUUCUUUGUUCCUUACAUGUAUGUCAAACAGAGAGCGAUGGAAAAAGGAGGCAUUGAUGCAACAACUAGCACCUUGUUGGUGUCGACGAUCGGUGUGGCGAACAUCGUGGGCCGUAUGGCGUGUGGUCUGGUGUCAUCGAUGCCCAAAGUAUCUCCGCUGUGGCUGAACAAUAUUGCGCUGACGGCUGGUGGAAUAGCGACUAUGUUCAGUGGAUACUGCUUCCAUGCGGGCUACCAGUUUGCAUACUGCGCAUUGUUUGGACUUGCUGUUGCUUGUUUCGCGUCGCUACGGUCGAUCCUGGUGGUAGAAUAUAUCGGGCUGGAGCAGCUCACCAACUGCUUCGGGCUUUUCCUGCUCUUCCAAGGUUUCGGCGCGUUAUUAGGUGCUCCAAUUGCGGGAGCUAUAAAGGACAUGACGGGAGACUUCGUGGUCCCAUUCUACGUGGCUGGAGGGUUCCUGCUGUUCUCUGCCCUAAUGUGCUACCCCAUCGACUACAUCAGCCGGUGGGAAAAGUCGCGUUCCAAGCUCGCCACGCCGCCCCCCAAAGUCUGAUCCCUUCCGGACCAUACGGGACCAUGAUACACCGGACUCAUGUCGGUUCAAUAAAGACAAGGUGCCAAAACCCCGGUCGAAUAGUGUGCGUUAGACCCUGCGGAUGAAUCUCAGGCGACGACGUGACUACGAAUUGUACAAAUUAAGCUGUUCAGAUAUAUCGGACGAUACCUCGAAUACGAAAUUCAUAAGUAGAAACAUUCCCAGUAGAAUUGGACAAUGCUCGAGAUUGCUUUGCAAUGGCUCAGUUAAGUCAGAUCUUGCAUUUAAAUAUAGAAUUAGAAUUUAGAAAGUACAAAGACUCGAAAUAUUUAUCGUAAUGACAGUUUUGUCAGUGUCCAGUUGUUAGUGGAUGUGGUCUGAAGCCAAAACGUACUUUAUUAUUAAGAAUAGAUUUGUACUUACCCGAGUGAAAUCCCGAAGGAGGUCUCGAAGAGAUUACUCCUAAUCCGUCUUCCAUAAAAUCUAAGUUAAAUUUUGAAAUUAUCUACAAUAUUGAUAAUUAUAUAGCUAGAACAAUACGAAGCAGAUAUUUGCAGAAAACUAUUUUAUACAUCAACGUUUUGAAUCCUGCACGCAAUUCGCAUGCGCCCUAGUGUAAUAAUGUAACAAACUUACAAGUAGGUACGGAGUACAUAUUAUAAGACUUUUACACCUAACAACGUAAUUUAAUUGCAUAUCAUUAUGCAGAGUGAUUUUAAUUAUUUAAAGGUAUGCUAGUUGUAAUACUUGUAAUGUUCGUGCCUUAUUGAAUGAGUGGUACUUACAUAUUAUAGAUUAUACUGUAUUGUACACUAUUUUAUAUACAAGUCCCCGGAUGGGAAGGAAAGUUCCAAAUGCCGUUUGUACUAUACUUACAAGGCCUUUUAUACUUUUUUUUAUGUGUUUGACAUAAAUGUAAUAUUUAACUUAGAAUAAGAAUUACUGCUGUGGCUGUGGUAUAUUAGCGUAUUCUAGAGCUUGUAAAUAAGAAAUCAUAGUCAUCGGGUAUUCUAUUGUAUUUUGGUUUGUUAAAAUCGCGCUGUCCUAUGUCAACCGGUGUACCCAUAUCAAAAUCGUCACAUAUUUAAAUUUGGUGAUGUUGAUAGGGGUACCUAGUAGAAGGUUUCUUCUGGUAUAAAUAUUUCUACGUAUGCCGAACGACCUUAAGGGGUCAUCCAUUAAUUACGUCACACGAAUUUCUAGGUUUUUUGACCCCUCCCCCCUAGUGUGACGUCACAUUUUUUCUACGAAAUCGCCAAAUCGAAUUAAGUAAGUACCUGAGUAUUAUUAAUAUGUUAUCAAAAUAUUUUUGACGAUAUAAAUAUUAGUAAUUUUAUAACCCAAAACUGCUUAGGAAAGAAAAUUAAACGAAUAAAAACUUGUUAUUUAAAUGUACAGCGAAUAAAAUAAUUUAAAUAAAUUUUCGGUUACUGAUGAAGUUAAAGUGACGUCACAAAGUUUGUGUCUCCCUCCUCCCCCAUGUCACAAUAAGUCACAUUUUCUUGACCCCCUCCCUCCCCCUAAACGUGUGAUGUAAUUAAUGGAUGACCCCUAAGUGAUACUCCCAUAGUGGUGUUUACAAAAUGCAUUAAGUAUUAUUAUUAGCAAGAAUGACAUGCCCCUUCUGCUUGAAUAAUUUGAAAAGGACGGGGCAGAUUGGAACAGAGUUAUACCGAAUACCGCGCUGUAUGGCCUAGCAUGACUGUCUAGUACAGCUGAGUACAGCGCUGUAUGGCUAAAAAUAAUAAUAUGUACUUUUUUAUUCAUAACUCAUAACAUAUGUACAAACUACUACGAGACAUUUGUGCAAUCAUGCCAUAUUUUAAAUUUAAAUAUGAAAUCACUGCCAAUAUUUUUAUUUCAUAAUUAUUUUCUGUUAGUUUUAUCAAAUGAUUUAUAUGAUGAUGGGCAUUGCCAAAAUAUAUUUUUUUUACAUGAAUCAUCAAUAUGAAUACUUAUAAACGGAAGUUUUUUUUAUAACUCGUUGAUAUAGAUUUCGGAGUGGUUGUAUAUGUAUGUAUAUUGCCUUAUUUUAUUAAUUUUAUAAGUUGUUUUGUGUUAUGACUAUGAUUUUUUGUGUGUAUUGAGUGUGGAUACCACAGUGCCAUAUUAAAAUGUUAUGUUCACUUGCUUGCGAUAUUCCUGAUACGAAAAAAAAGGAGGCAAAUAAUAGAUCGAAAUUACGCGUUUAGAUAUGUAAGUAGUGUUCGGAUAUUAAUAUAAAAAAAAAUAUAUAAUCUGAUUUAAGCUUUCAUAAGUAUAUGUUUAAUUUAUGACCAAAUCUCUAUCAACACAAGUCUCCUUUCUUGUAACAUUGUUUUUUUAGUUUAUGCAAAUAAUAAGGUACCUAGCCAUUUUAUGGGAGUCUCAUUAGUCAAGAAAAAUCAGAAAGGAUGCAGGUAACGUUGUGAAACAUUUUACAAAGCACUGAUGUACCUAUGCAUAAGCAUUGAAGCCAUUCGAAUGUUUUAGAGCACCUAUGAGGAGAUAACAGAAUAAUAAUGAAAACAUAUAUAAUAUUCGUAAUAAAUACAGGGAAUAAAAACGAAUUAACUACACUCCUAGAUUAGGAAUAUGGAAGGAACGCAAGCAAUGUUACGUAGCCUAGUGAAAUAGAUGAGUGUUUUAACCAGGGUUUUCCCUUUGCAACAAUUUAUACAAAUAUAUUUGUUGAACUAU